AUGGCUCGCCUCUUUUACCUCAUCUUUGUAGCAGCAUCACUCACCAGAGCAGAUAUUACGGUGUCGGACCCUAGUGACGCAAUCAACCCUGCAGACUGGGCUGCGGAUAAUGCAUAUAUCUUCGACUGGCACAAUGCAGGAAAUGUGAACCAGGAAAUUGCAAUCCGCGGUCCGUAUACCUACAAUCACCAGCGGGCCAAAAUCCGUCAUCGCGUUCUAGAAGAUACCGGGAAUGAUACCAGUGUCCUUGUGGUAGCCAAUGGGUCUGAUGUCGACGUCGCAUACACGACAAUCUCCAAGUUCGGUUAUAUCACGAGCCUGAACCAAGCUAGCUUUUAUGGUGUCAAUGCCGCCAUUAACAACGCAAAUCACUCCACUCUGGCCCUGUCCAAUGUCAACGUCACUACACACAACGGAGCCGCCAACGUGUACACCUACGGAACGGGAAGUGUGACUUAUGCGGAUAAUGUUUGGCUUUAUAGCUCCGGCCCAGUUUCCCAUGGGCUCUAUGCCUCUGGGAACGGGACUGUGUAUGCAAAGAAUGUGCGCCACUACGCAGGUGGGACAAGAUCCUCCUCUUUCAGUGGUGACUACCCUGCUGGUUACCUUCACGUUCAAGAUUCAGUUGCGCAUACAGAUGGUGUUGGUUCGGCAAUCUGCUUCCUGCAAGGCCUCUGCAACAUGACCAAUGUCAUCGGGUACGCUAGAAAUUCGCCUGCUAUGAUCAGCGACAAUGCCUUAGGGGAUGUGACUGGGAUCUGGAGGAACUCAGAAUUGACUGCUGGAUUACUGGGAGGCAUGGUUAUGAUCUCGGAUAGUCAGAUCAGAAACGGAACGACGGUGGUUCUGGAUAAUACCCGCUUAACCGUCCUCGGAGAAACGACGCCAGGCCUAUGGUUCGGGAAUGUUAUCGCAACUGUUGAUGUUAUCGCUAGCACGAUCAACACAAGCUCUGGUAUCUUGGCUGUUUCCAAUUAUUCCUUCUUGACCCAGGACUUUAACUAUUAUGCCGGGUACGAGGACAAUAACAACCUGUCCGCGGCGCAAGCCACCAUCAACGUUCAGGAUUCGAACUUGUCGGGCUCGAUAGUGGUCUACAACCGGUCCUCCAUCAGCUUCAAUCUGGCGCAGUAUUCGAACUGGAAUGGUGAAGCAACAAUUGGCUACGGCGAAGGAUAUCUUGCUGUCUCACUCGACAGCACCUCAACUUGGGCCUUGACAUCCAAUAGCGUCCUUCAGAAUUUCACAAAUGCCGACCGCAGCCUUUCGAAUAUCAUCAGUAAUGGCUACAAUAUCACGUAUGAUGCCAAAUCGACUGCAAAUCAUGUUUGGGGCGGGAAAACGUAUAAACUCCACGGUGGGGGGCGCAUGUACCCUCUGUGA